GGCGGCGGCGGCGGCGGCGCUGUAUGGUCAUAAAUAGGGCCGGCCCCGCGGGCUCCGGUCGAGCUACUACUGGGUUGGAUGUUUCGGCCGCAGUGAGUGAGUGAGCGAGCGAGAGCGAGCGAGCGAACCUAGGAAAACCGAGGGAACGAACGGAGGAGGAAGGAGGAGCGAAAGGGGUCGCUGAGGGGAAGAGAGAAGGACCCUUGCCAGAGGUGGAAGCGCAGGAAGCGAUGAAAGAAAUGUCAGCAAGUGCUGUGCUGGAGACCCAGCGUCAAAAGCAUUAUGGAAUCACAUCUCCAAUUAGUCUGGCAUCUCCCAAAGAAAUAGAUCAUAUUUAUACACAGAAGUUAAUUGAAGCCAUGAAACCAUUUGGUGUAUUUGAAGAUGAAGAGGAAUUAAAUCACAGGCUUGUUGUUCUUGGUAAACUGAAUAAUCUGGUAAAAGAAUGGAUUUCAGAACUCAGUGAAAGUAAGAAUCUCCCACCUUCUGUUGUGGCUAAUGUUGGUGGUAAGAUUUUUACCUUUGGAUCUUACAGACUGGGGGUACACACCAAAGGUGCUGAUAUUGAUGCACUGUGUGUUGCACCCAGACACGUGGAAAGAUCUGAUUUUUUUCAGUCCUUUUUUGAGAAACUCAAACAUCAGGAUGGAAUUAGAAAUUUAAGGGCAGUAGAAGAUGCUUACGUGCCAGUAGUCAAAUUUGAGUUUGAUGGUAUUGAGAUUGACCUUGUAUUUGCAAGACUAGCCAUACAAACUGUUUCUGAUAAUUUAGAUCUACGAGAUGAUUCACGUCUGAGAAGCCUAGAUAUAAGGUGUAUCCGAAGCCUCAAUGGUUGCAGGGUUACGGAUGAAAUUUUGCAUUUGGUGCCAAAUAAGGAGACUUUUAGACUCACUCUUAGAGCAGUUAAACUGUGGGCAAAAAGACGUGGGAUUUAUUCCAACAUGCUAGGAUUUCUUGGUGGUGUCUCUUGGGCAAUGCUGGUUGCGAGAACUUGUCAGUUAUAUCCAAAUGCAGCAGCAUCAACUCUAGUCCACAAGUUCUUUUUAGUAUUUUCAAAGUGGGAAUGGCCAAAUCCAGUGCUUUUGAAACAACCUGAAGACAGCAAUCUGAAUUUACCUGUUUGGGAUCCUAGGGUAAAUCCAUCUGAUAGGUAUCAUCUAAUGCCCAUAAUCACCCCUGCCUAUCCACAACAAAAUUCUACGUAUAAUGUAUCUACUUCAACUCGGACAGUAAUGGUAGAAGAAUUCAAACAAGGUCUUGCAGUAACGGGUGAAAUACUUCAGGGAAAAUCAGACUGGUCCAAACUUCUUGAACCACCAAAUUUUUUUCAGAAAUACAGACAUUAUAUAGUGUUGACUGCCAGUGCCUCCACAGAAGAGAACCAUUUAGAAUGGGUUGGCUUAGUUGAAUCUAAAAUCCGUGUACUUGUCGGAAAUUUGGAGCGGAAUGAAUUUAUUACUCUCGCCCAUGUCAAUCCUCAGUCAUUCCCAGGGAACAAGGAACAUUAUAAAGAGAGUGACUAUGUAUCAAUGUGGUUCCUUGGGAUAAUCUUCCGGCGAGUUGAAAAUGCAGAAAGUGUUAACAUAGAUUUAACAUACGAUAUUCAGUCUUUUACUGAUACAGUAUAUAGGCAAGCAAACAACAUAAACAUGCUAAAAGAAGGAAUGAAGAUUGAAGCCACUCACGUAAAGAAAAAGCAGCUUCAUCAUUAUCUUCCUGCAGAAAUUUUACAAAAAAAAAAGAAGCAAAGCCUCCAAGAUAUCAAUCGAAGUGCUAGUGGACUUCAGUCAAAGAGAUCAUCGCUGGAUGGAAAUUGCUUGGAUAGUUCCAGAGACACUGAUAAUGGAACACCUUUUAAUUCCCCUGUGUUAUUAAACAAGCAUUCUAAGCCUGAGAGUCCUCAUGUGGUAGAAAUGGAAAGCUGUACUGAACCUGAUGAAACAGCACCUGCCACCAUUGCAGAAAAGCCUUUGGAUGUUGUUCCUUCACCUCCAAUUCAAGGAUUAUCUAUCCCAGUUAUUGGUUCAAAAAUCGAUUCAACAAUAAAAGCCAUAUCACCUCCAGCUAUCUGCACCAUUCCUACUGUAGUAGGAAGAAAUGUCAUUCCUCGUAUAAUAACAUCUCAUAAUCUAGUCCAAGGGCCGCAACACCAAAAUGGAAUGUUAAAUGUAACAUCUAAGAGUGCUAUAUCCAAGAGAUCUCAUUCACCUUCUUUAGAUGGGUCUCCUAAGAGGUUAAAAGAUAUAGAAAAGUUUAUUGGACUUGAUUCAGCUUUCAGAGAAUCUUGUGCCCCUAAAGAUGGGAAGAGAAAACCAAUGAAUAGUCUUGGAGGAGAGUCUAUGCCUAUUCCAACUAUUGACACAGCUAGACUACAGAGACUACCUAGUAAAGAACUACCAGAUCCAUCAUCUCCUGUUCCAACAAACAACAUCCGUGUCAUUAAAAAUUCCAUCCGACUGACCCUUAACCGGUAAAGGCAAUGUGCCUCAUCACAUAAAAGGAAAAUAUGCAAUGGUUUAGUGGCUCACAAGCAGCUACUCUUUUUUUUUAUUGCAGUUGCUGUCCUACGUAAAAUACGGUGAGAGUUAACAGUCAUCAGCCUGGAAACCCUGAUCUGGUUUUGAAUUUUUAUGUCUUCACUUUGACCUGCAGAUGGUGUAGGAUAUUCCUGUUAUUGCGUGUAACUUUUCCAAAUCACCUGCUGUCAGACUGUCUACUAUAUUAUGGCUUUAAGUUUAGGGGUUUUAUUGCCUUAACUUUAGAUGCUUGCUUCCUCUGUUAUGGGGACCCAUCCUUGCCCUUGUGGACUACCAUAGAAUAGUCCUGAUUUUUUCCCCCUCCUCAAGUCUUGUGUUAUAAUCAUUGUCUGGAACUGAAAAGUUAAAAACAACAAAAAAAAAUUGUCCUAUAAUUGUAAUCUACUAAAUGUCAACAUAUUUACUUUAGUCAGUGAAGCCCUGUUGUGAAGCAUCAGAUACAUGAAUGUGAGGUAUCAUUUCUGCUUUUCCAAUUUGUGUAGAUAAAUACUUGUCUGUUCUGUCUGUUAUUGAUUUAAAUUAUUUUUCCCACAGGUUGGCACAUAGAAUAUUUAAACUAAUUUUUGUGUGCAUUUCUGUCAAAAUGGUGCUUGGGUACUAGAGAGUAUUAGUCUGGUGAUUAAAUACAAGCACCAUGUAUCCUUUCUAACUUGCCUCCCAUGGAGGUCUGUGAAAUGCAUCUUUAUUAAAAAUCAAAACGUAACCAGGAUACUGAAAGUCAGUGUAUGAAUGGUAGAAUUGUAUUAUAUACCGUAUCUCAUGUCAUCCUUGUUAGUUAACUCAUGUUUUUGCAAAGCUUUUAUAGAGCAACAGAACUCAUUCCAGUACCAAUGAAAAUACCAUAAUAUAAGAGAAGUGUCCAUCUUUGUGGUGUGGAAUUAACUGGGCAUGACAAUUCUACACCAUCGUUUUGCACCACAACCUUAAAAAGUUUUUCCACUGACAGGCAUGCAGAAACAAGAGGUAGGUUUUAUUGAAAUCUAAAAGGCAUUUUUGAAUGACCAUUACAACUGACCAUUAAUUGGCUCAGGGCCUUUGUAAUCUUCAUUUAACAAACUACAUAUGUUGUCUUUUUUUUUAACACUGCUUUUUCCAGUGCAUUUCUUAGUAAUUUUUUUAAGUUUCAUGAAAGCAUGCAGUUUAUUAAAAAAAACCAUAACCAUGUAAUUCCUCUUGUAAUAUGUUUGAUUCAAUGUUUUGUAAAUGAAGUCGUAUGUAUUUUCAGAGUAUUUUUGUAUGUACUGUAAGAUACCAUCUUUUCAAAGAGAAAACUUUAAAACC